UAAACCCACCCCACCGCCCCAACAUUCAGAAUUGCUGCUACUACUACUAUACAAAUCACCAAUCACCCUUCCUUCCACAUUUUUCCACAUCAGAACAAAACAAGAUCUUAUUACUCCCACGCUUGUGAGUGCGUGUGUGUGUGUGUGUGUGUGUGAGAGAGAGAAACAAAACAAAUCCUCCCCCCCAAUUAUCAUUAUAUACUCUCUUCAGUCUUCACCAUACGCAAAAGACAUAAGGAGUAAUUAAAAAUGUCAAUGAACCGCUUCUCUGCAGAGCUGCUUCCAGAGCCCCAUUGGUGGUCACACUGCACAAUGGCGGAUUCAAUUUCAAUUUCACCGCCUCCAAAAGCCUCAUCUCCUUCCAUCUCCAUCAACCACUACCGCGCUGCACCCUUCGACCUCAACAAUGACCACCACGAAUCCUCGGCGGAGAUCCCGAAGGAGCGGCUGUUCGAGAAGCCGCUGACGCCGAGCGACGUCGGGAAGCUGAAUCGGCUCGUGAUACCGAAGCAGCACGCGGAGAAGCAUUUCCCCCUGAGCAGCAGCGGCGAGAGCGGCCUGCUGCUAGGGUUCGAGGACGAAUUGGGGAAAUCGUGGCGCUUUCGCUACUCGUACUGGAACAGCAGCCAGAGCUACGUCCUCACCAAGGGCUGGAGCCGCUUCGUCAAGGAGAAGCGCCUCGACUCCGGCGACGUCGUCGUCUUCGCGCGCCACCGCCUCGACACCGGCCGCUUCUUCAUCGGCUGGCGCCGGAGGAGCUCCGAUUCUCAGCCGCCCGCCCCUGGCUGUCGGAUGAUUUACCCUGCUCAUCCUUAUCAUCAAAUCCAACAACACACUGAUUCAAUGCAUCUCCAAUCGCAAGGUGGUGGAUUUCACGAGAAGCAGCAGACAUCGAAUGGGAAUUCCAAGACGUUGAGGCUGUUCGGAGUGAACUUGGAGUGCCAAACUGAGGAAUCAGCAUCAGAGGAGGUUGGGUCGAGCCAGGGUCAACAAUUCGAUUAUUAUUCAAAUCAUAAUCACAUGCAGGUAUAUCGGCAAGGAUAAGAUCUCCAUGAUGUGACGUCGCCUCAACAAUAUUUGGAAAUUGGAAAAGAAAAAAAAAAGAUCAACAUCCCCAGAUUUUCUGGGUAUGUUAGAAAAGUGAUCUGAAAACCCUGAGAGGUGGAAAUCGAAAACUCAAAAUUGAGAAAGUAAAGAUGGAAAGAGACUAGAGAGAUGAGGGAUUGGAAUUGGAAUGGGUCCCACUCCCACACACACUCUAUAUAAGUGUAUAUAUAUAUAUAUAUAUAUAUAGAGAGAGAAAGAGGCAUGCAUUUGCAAAAUUGCAAUCAAGGAAGUGAAGAUUGGAGCAGAUGAUGUGGGAAUUUAGUGAUUUUGGAUGGAGAUUUUUCAUCAUAACUUAGAAGUGGAUGGAUAUGGCCAUGUAGGUUGCAAACAUGGGGAGGGAAUUAACAUUUUCUGCCCUCUACCAUAACUUGAUACCUUUGUUUUUGGAAAUUUCUGUAUUUUUCUCAGCAUGUAUGUCUGUAAUUAUUUACAUUAGACUAAAAUAGAAUGGUAGAACUACAAUCUUUUGCCACGUAUCUAUCUUUAAGUACGUGAUUAAGUC